CUGUCUUUCAAUAUAGCAACAUGUUUCAGUUGAAAUUCGUUUUUUAUACAUUUUUGGUUUUUGAAUCCACAAAAAUACCUAAUAUGUAAACCGAUUGUCUGUCAACACAGCAAUUAGCUUCACUCGCUAGUAGGCACUCCGCAGUGGCAACUUGCGGGAACUGAAUCGUUUAAAAGAAUACUAACAAAGACGGUUUCGUUAGAAAGCGGCGUUCUUUGUUGGUGCCAUGAAUGGUGGGAAGUUCGGGUGUUAUCGAGUGGCCGCGAUUGUCCAAGGAUCGAUGGCUUAUCUCCCCGACAGGCUGGCAGUGCCAAGCUCUGCAUUGAUGCAGCGCCACGCCGCAUAGCACACGAUAGGAAUGAGUACCGGAAAAGUCAUUUAGAUACACAAUGCGAUAUAAAUUAUCAGUAUGGAUUGGCGCAGCGGUAAUAGCAAUAGGCUGCGCCCAACUGGUAGCUAUUGACCAAGACAUUCAGCUCCCUGGUUUUCCAGAUACAACUGCUACACCCGUCAUUGUCACACGAAAGGAAAGUGAUGAACUGCAUAUUAUUGAUGGGAACAAUAUUGAUGAGAGCGAAAACAAACAAGAAAGCAUCGAGGAAACGAGUGGAGGCGGGGGUGGAAGCAAGGACACCGAGGACAGUGGUAAUGAACUUAAUUUAGGACCAGAAGCAGAUGGAUUAGGAGACAAUGGGAAUGGAGGUGAAAGAGAAGGCGGCACAACUGAAGAAACUCAGAUAACACCUCAACCAGACGCAACUGAUGUUACUCCUGAAUUAGAUGCUACGGACGUUACUCAGGAACCAGAUACAUCUGAGGCAACUCCUGAACUAGAUGCAACUCCUGAAACAGGCGCAACUGAGGUUACUCCUGAUUCAGAUGCAACUGGGAUAACUCCUGAAGUUGAUGCAACUGAGGCAACAUCUCAGACUGAUGAACCACAAAUUUCUAGAUCUAAGGAGAGCGAUGAAAGCAAUGCGAUCAAUCUUGUUGUUGAAACUGAGAGUGGACCUGUUCAAGGAUUUUAUAAAGACGGCGAAUCAGGAAUACGAAGCUAUAUAGACAUUCCUUACGGAUCAUUUUCGGGUCUAUUUGAGCCACCAGUCAAACCAGAGCCAUGGGAAACUAUUCACAAAGCAAACCAACAUGAAAAACGAUGCCCUCAAAUAGACGAAGACGACAAAUUUGUCGGAGAAACAGACUGUCUGACACUAAGUGUGUUUGCACCUUCUGACGUCGAAAACGCGCCAGUGCUCUUCCAUAUCUACGAUGGACAAUUCCGUACGGGAAGUGCUGAUCCGACUAUAUACGGUCCAGAUUAUCUAGUACCUAAAGGAAUCAUCCUAGUUCUACCGAACUAUCGAGUCGGUCCACUCGGUUUUCUUUGUAUGAACAACGACGUAGCUCCUGGAAACGCUGCUUUAAAAGAUUUAACCUUGGCACUAAGCUGGACUAAAGAAAACAUAGAACAUUUUGGAGGGAAUUCUUCAAAUAUAGUUGUGAGUGGUUAUGGCAUGUCCGGCGCCUUGGCAGGAUAUUUGGCUCUAUCCCAAAAGUCUAGAAAUUACGUUAGUGGAGUGAUAACUGAGUCUGGGUCAGUUUUAGCUCCUUGGGCCAUAGAUAGGAAUCCACAAGAAAAAGUUACGAAACUAACUGAAGCUCUAGAAGAGGACAUUACAAAUGAAAUUAAUCUAGAAUCAUUGUUAACUUCAGCAAAAGACAUUCACUUCAUGCCAUGUGUCGAAACUGGCCCUGAUGCGUUCAUGAAUGAAACUCCCUGGACAUUUUUACAAACCGAGAAUACAAAAAUUAACAUUCCCUUUUUGAUAGGUUCAGCCAAUCAUGCGGGCUUGCAUGAAGCUAUGCAACAUACUGGUGAUACUUUAUGUCAAUUGAAUAGUAAUUUUUCGCGGUUUUUACCAAACGAUUUGAAGUUCAAGGAUGAAAAUGAAAAAUCCGAAGUAGCCGAGAAAGUUAAAAAGCAAUAUUUUUAUGAUAACAACAUAAACACGAGCAGUAUACACAAUGUAUCUCUCAGUUACACGGACGCUUACUACCUCGGGCCUGCGGUUAGAGUGUCAAGAGAUUUAGUAAAAGCGGGGGCUAAUGUAUAUUUGUAUGAAUUUUCUUUUGUUGGAGACCUAAACAGAGAGUCGGGAGCAUUAUUGUCAACUGUGCAUGGGGCAGCGCGAGGUGAUAUCAUAGGCUACACUUUCGUGCAAGACGAUGAUGUACCACUAGAAAGUACUGAUGAAGAACAAGUUGUCACUAUGAUAACAGAUUUGUGGGUCGCAUUCUUAAAAGAAGGAAAACCAUCUAUCGAUGAUGUGGCGUGGCAUGAGUUGGAAAAUACUGAAGAAGCAAAUGAACAAUGGCUGUCAAUAGACUCAGAAGUGGAGUUGCAGAAGGGUCUGCAUGUGAGUCGCCUGGCGCUUUGGACACAGAUUUACGAGGACCAUUACAUUGAGCGUAACCUGGCGCGGGAGAUGCAGUCAAGCCUCCUCGUCCUCACCACCGCUCUGUUGUUGCUCGGUUUGCGAAAACAAUUGUCAGGCAUGCUGGUGGGGGUGGUGGUGGUGGUGAUAGGGGUGGUAUGUGGAGCGGAGCAUGUGGCGGUGCGCGUGCCACCGCUGCCGUGGCGGCCGCGGCGUGACGUCACCCUGCUGCAGGGCCGGGUGCGCGGCUACCUGGGCCCGCAGCACUACGCCUUCCUCGGCAUCCCCUACGCCAGCCCCUUCAGGCCCACAGACCGGUUCAAGAUAGCCCUACCACCGCCGGAAUGGGACGGCAUUCUGGAGGCGACGUACAGGGUGAAGUGCCUGCAGAGCUCCGGCGCUGGCGACGAGAACUGCCUCGUGGUCAACGUGUUCGUGCCCGAGCGCAUGGACACCCCGCUGCCCGUGCUCGUGCAUGUGCAUGAUGGAGGCUUCCAUAGCGGGUGGGGUGCUUACAAACCAGCAAUACGUCUUAUCAAAGAUUUUGUGAUAGUGACUUUCAAUUAUCGAUUGGGAGCUCUUGGGUUUCUUUGUCUGGGCACCCCUGAAGCGCCUGGCAAUGCUGGGCUCAAGGACCAGAUGGCUGCGCUUCACUGGAUACAACAGAAUAUUGCGAGUUUUGGAGGAAACCCUGAUGACGUCACUGUAUACGGAACUGGAUCCGGGGCAAUAUCAAUACAGCUUCUCCUUCUCUCUGGAUUGACGAAUGGAAUAAUUCAUAAAGUUAUAUUAGAGUCUGGCUCAGUUUUGUCUCCCACGGCUAUGUCGUACAAUCCGUUUUCCACAGCUUACGAUAUAGCCAUAUCACUGGGGUAUGAAGGCAAUGGAAAAGCUUAUGAAUUGGUUGAAUUCUAUCAAAAUCUUUCUGAAUCGAAACUGGCCAGUAUAUCAAGUAACUUCUUGCCGUGUGUUGAAAACAACAUGUACUAUGCACACAGCUUGUUGGACCAAGAUCCAAUGAUGAUAUUUCAGCAUGAUACUUAUCACAAAGUCCCAAUGCUGAUAGCUUACACAAAUUCAGAGGAAAUGCCAUUAAUAAAUGCAAACUACGAAAAGUUCACAGUAAUACCUGAAGUAUUUGAGAACUGGCUGCCUAACAAUUUGAGAUUUGAUAAUGACAAAUCAAGACACAAGGUCUCCGAGAUGGUUAAGGACUUUUAUUUUUCGGAAAAUGAACAUUUAUUAAAAGAAAAGAUUGUAGAAAUCUUUAAAGAAUAUAUUAAUGAUAUCUGUAUGGACUAUCCAGUUCAUAAAUUCGCAGUAUUGUACGCCGCAAGAUCUCCAGCUCCGUUGUACAUCAUGAAAUAUGAGUAUCAGGUUGUAAACAGACGUAUCGUUGAAACGGUUUAUGGAGACAUUUACAAAAGUAUUUUUACUGAUGAUCUGAAGCCAAAUGAAGGAAAGAAAAUGUCGGAUAUACUGGUCACUUUAUGGAAGAAUUUUAUGACUAUUGGUGACCCAACACCACUGACAUCUGAACUGGUGCCGGUAGUAUGGGAACCCAUCAACACAAAUGGGCUGGAGGUUGCGGGCUUCCCAUCCGCGUGUCUGCACAUAGGCAAAAUUUUCAAUAUGGCCAAGCCCAACUCCGCAGAGCGACUCGUCUUCUGGGAUCAGAUCUAUUACUCUUUUUAUAGAAAUCAUAGUUUUGACAAUCAAUAAAGGAAAGAUAAACUG